AGCCUUCCGACGUGUAUGGAGGAAUGUCGUGUGCACAAGGUCCGACCGGCGGUGCAGGUUUCGGCAUGCCGUCACUGUCCGCACAGUCCAUGGGCAUGGGUGGCAGGCCAUGGUCUCCACAAUGUGGGCAGAGCCCGGGGCGGUUUUUCAGGGCGAGGGUUUCCCCGUCUCCAGUAGUCGGUGAUGAUGGAGAGAGUGCCUGGACCCGGCCGGACCCGAGGGUGAUGUCCCCUGACACGCGCAUGGACCCGCCUUACGAUGACGGUGCCGGCGGUUCUGAAGCAGGUGACGAUGACGGCGUUGCGGAGCAAGGAAGUGUCGAUCCCGUUCGCGAUCAAAGCGAUGUGGCCAACAGUGGUAGAGCGGGCGAGGCGGGUAACGGACGGCCUGCGAACGCUCGUCCGUCGGCUCCGAAGAAACAGAACGUGCCGUGGACGUUGGAUGAGCGGAUAAAGCUCGCGAUGUUGAUGGGUGAGGAUGAUGCCCUCAUGGCAGAUGCCCGCGGGCAACACCGUUUCAAGCAGAGGAAGGAGCGGUAUGUUAGGGUGAACGAUAGGAUGAAGGAGGCCGGGUUCAGACAUAGGAGCGCUGAGGACUGCAGGAAGAAAUGGUCGAACAUGCUGCAGACAACGAAGCUCAUCGUCGAGAAAUGUGAAGCAUCAAGCCAGCCGUCGUAUUGGGAUCUGUCGUUGGAGGAGCGAAAGGAGAAGAAUCUCCCACUCUCCUUUGAGAAGGCAUUGUGGGACGCUAUGCAGUGUGCUGCAAAGAUCCGGCGAACGGAGAAGGGGAAGGCGAGGAGGGAGGAGGCGAGUACCAUUGCCACGCCGUUGAGCAGGGCCAUGGAGGAUUCCACUCGGUCUUACUGCGAUGGCCUCGACAAAGCGGCCAGUAGCCUGGCGAAAGCCACCGCAAACGCCGGCUCUGCAAUUGCCAGUCGGAUAGGAGACGUGGCCGAAGCGAUGCGCGGUGGCCGUAUCAACAUGGGGAGAUACGAUGAUGAUGAUGAUGAUAAUGAUGAUGAUGAUGAUGAUGACGAUGACGAUGAUGAUGAUGAUGAUGAUGAUGAUGAUGAUGAUGAUGAUGAUGAUGAUGAUGAUGACGACGAUGACGACGAAGACGACGACGAUGAUUGUCAUAAGGACACAGUAGAUGGUGACAUAGGUCAGGAUGACGAUGACGGUGAUGAUGAUGAUGACGAUGAUGAUGAUGUUGAUGAUGAUGAUGGUGAUGAUGAUGAUGGUGAUGAUGAUGAUGAUGACGAUGACGAUGACGAUGACGAUGACGAUGACGAUGAGGAUGAUGAUGAUGAUGAUGACGAUGACGAUGACGAUGACGAUGAGGAUGAUGAUGAUGAUGACGAUGACGAUGAUGAUGAUGAUGAUGAUGAUGAUGAUGACGAUGACGAUGACGAUGACGAUGACGAUGAUGAUGAUGAUGACGAUGACGAUGAUGAUGAUGAUGAUGAUGAUGAUGAUGAGGAUGAGGAUGAUGAGGAUGAUGAGGAUGAUGAUGUCGUCCACGCGGGUGAAUCCUUCCUGUGCAGGAAGCAAUCAAUGCCCACGCGGACGCCGUCCACUGUAGCGGUUUUAAUUCAAAUUGUUCGCGUCACGUCUGCGAAAAAACGUGAGGAUGAGCAUUUCUGUUUUCCCGGUAUCAAUGCUAUGAAAUCAAUCAGGUUCUUCGUGUCAUGUUUGUGUUUGCUCACAUGGGAAUUCCUGUGAAUGUUUUCUGUUAAAACGUCAUGCAUUACCGAGCACACAGAUUGCAAUUUUCUAUUACUUCUGUUAUUCCCAUCAUUAUAUUUUUUUCUUUUCGCCAUCGCAAUCAACUGAACGAGUCCGUGUUGUGUCGCAUGUGCGUGACGAUGCUUUUGGCAGCGAAGAAGGUGUGAUCGUUGUUGCAUAAAAUUGUUUUUUAUUUGAACAACAUUGUUUUCAAUCGAAUAACAGGUUCUUGCAAUUUAUUAUUUUCGUUUUGGAAUUGAACAACAACGUUUUGCAAUUGAGAGAGAGAGAGAGAGGUUAGAUAGGGCAGGGCGACAGUAUUCACGAGCAAGGAUAAGAAGGGAAUUUCAAUGACGGAGGGGAAAAAAAAAAAAAAAAAACUCAUCGAAGAACAGAAAUGUAUGCGGGUCAUUUUUAAAACAAUUGAAACAAACGUCUCCGGGGAGC